GCCGCCCGGUAGGGGGGCGCCUCUUCCCCAGCCCGCGAGUGGGCGGGUGGCAUCUGCGUCCGGUGGUCCCACCUUCCCGGGGCUGUUUCCCUCCUGAGAGGAGGUUCCCGCUCUCUCGGCGGGGAGCUGGGGAAUAUGGCCCUUCCCCCGUCGCUUCCUCGCCCGCACCUCGGGCACGUCACUGCGACCCCGCGCUGGGGGCCAGAGCGGAGGGAGCGGCGGGGAGUGGACUGGUCAGUGGAGGGAGCUCGGCGGCCACUCGGACUGAUCUUGCUUUUGGAGUUUCCUGACGCCCCAGGGUCGGACUGGGACUCGAAGGAGCCCCGGAAGCGGUGGCCCCUCCUUGUUUGGGGCGCGAGGCGCCUGGCCCCUGCGGUCCGCCCAGCCGCGCGGCUCUCCGCAGCUCUCGCAGCUCAGACGCCGAACCGUCCCCGCCGGGCUGAGGGGCCGAACGCAGCGCUGCGGCUCCGACGGGGUCCGGUCUCGCCCAGCCCCCGGCACCCCCAGGUUGUCUGCGGUUCGCUCGCACCUGCGUCCAAAUGCGCCCACUCCGCCAGCUUCUCUUUCUAGGAAUCACUUUCUGAGACCUGUUGCCGAGUUCCCCACUCAUGCGUUCGAGCUCUUUGACACAGAUUCCUUAUCACUCUUCUUAACGUCCACGGGAGCUUCUGCUGGCUCUCGUAGAUGUGGUAUGGUGUGUUCCUGUGGGCACUGGUGUCCUCUCUCUUCUUCCAUGUCCCUGCUGGAUUACUGGCCCUCUUCACCCUCAGACAUCACAAAUAUGGUGCUGCAAUUGCUGGAGUGUACCGAGCAGCAGGAAAGGAAAUGAUACCAUUUGAAGCCCUCACCUUGGGCACUGGGCAGACAUUUUGUGUAGUGGUGGUCUCCUUUUUACGGAUUUUAGCUACUCUGUAGCAUAUACCCUUAGGCCAUGAUGCUGAACCUAAGUUUGAGAGCCUCCUCACAGAAAGAAUACAUUAUGGAAUGUAGUGUUUUCUUAAUUCUUCAAGUGGAGGAAACUUGGAUGAAGAAGUAUGUGAAAAAUGAAAUAUCUCAGCCCUUUCUUCAGUUGGAAGUUCCAGGAAUUGAAGAUCUUUCUGGACUCCCUAUUGUUCUCAACCAAAACAAAUUAAGUUUCUAAGGGCCCCCCCCUUUUUUUUUUAAUUAAUUGAAGCAGUUUCACAGGUGCACCUUUACCCACCUAGGUCAUCAGUGCUUCUGGGCUGAUCCUUCACACCGAAAUGUACAAUAUUCUGUGAGAAAAUGCAGUGUCGCCUAUGUUAGAGAAACUAUGAAAAAUAGUUUCUCUUUCUGAGCAUACUAUACUAAAAUCUUAUCUAAUCUAACUCGAUUAACAUCUAGCAGACUCUUUUUUUACUGCAUCUUCAUGACAUUAAGUGCCAAGUAGAGCUUUGAGAACAAAUCUGUUGACAUGUAACAGGAAAAAAAAUCCUGCAACAGAAGUAGUGGCUUCCGUUCUACUGCUGAAAGAAUAAUAUGAUGUGAUAUUUUCUGGAUAACUAUCUUGACCUCUGAUGACUUAAUAAUAUUUUAAGAGAUGUGCAUUUGUUGUUUUGUACAUUUUAUCAAAAUAAGCUAACUAAUCGAGACAUUUCCCCCCCCAGAGUUCCUGUAUCCCUUUUCCCAUCACUUUCAUUCUGUUGAUUUUGUUUACUUUAAUUGGAAACAUACCCUAUUAAAUAGUUUGAAUUCAAAACUUUAAGCCAGAUAGGUUAGGAUGCUCUCUGGACAUUGAGGUACCAAAAAAAUUUUUUUAAACAUUCUGUUAGUUUUUCUUGGUGACUUUGGUUGAAAUUGUAGAAAUGCAGCUUAGAGGUGGUGGUUAUUCAUUUCUUAGUCUUAGUGUAGUCACCACUCUUAACAGUAUUGGGUGUCACUCCCAGAAAGUGCCUAAAGUUUAAUUUCCACUUUACGUUUCCCUUCAAGAGAAUAUAUAUCUUUCUAGAGAAUUAAACAUCGAGUUUUUUAAACCCAGUUUUAGCUAUCUUAAUUUUUCUCCUACUGCCUCACUUUCCUUUUCAUUAAAAGGCCUGAAAACUGUGACCUUCAAAAGAGAAAGGAUUGCAAAAUUUAAGUGUCUCGAUUGAUCCUUACCGCCUCAGCUGUGUUGAAUGGAAUAUAGUCACUGAUCUCUGUGUUCAGAAUAGUUUCUGAUCAUUAAAUCUGAUGUUUUUAAAGGAAAGUUUUCAUUGUGACAGUAAGGCUAACAGCCCAUGAGGUUACGUACACACAAACAUAUCAAUUCCAUUUAAAGCAAUAUGCCCUCUGGCUUCUGAUUAAAAAUUGCCAGAGGGACCAACUUACGGGCUGGGGGGGGGGACGGCAAAGAGGAAGAAUUACAAAGAGAUCCUAGAAAUCAAUUGGCCAUUUUCUUUUAACUAAGAGGCCGUUAGACCACUGAUCAAAAUUACAGUGACAUAUGCUCAGACUAGGUAGAAAGUUAAAAGUAGACUUGGAAUGCCAGCGAAUGUUUUUACCAAUUCCCCAACAAGUUUUUCUCCAGUGUGGAAAUCCUUCUUUCAAGCAAAUAUUAAGUCUUUUAAGAUUUUU